CUCUUGGAGAGUCUGAGACAGACACUCUGGAGAUAAAGUAGCGGUAGUGUAGCUAGUUAUCAUUCUGUUUGUUCUCUACCUUCAGCUUCAGUUCAACAUUUAAAGAAGAUCACAGGCAACUUUUAAUUAAGAGGACAGUUUUUAAUAUCACUGUUAUUAUGUUAACAUUUGAUUCCUGAUUUUAUAUGUUUUCAUCCUGGGAGCUGCUGGAGCACAACAAACACAUCCAAAACACUUUUUUUUUUUUCUCCAGCUGCCGCAGGUGUCCUCAGGACUGUAACAGAUUCAUGGAGAAGGCACUGGCAGUGGUUCUGCCUCUUUUCCUUACACUUUGUGUGAAGAUGCCAGAAGCUGGUGGACAGAAGGAGGGAGUCCAUGCUGACAACAAAAGUUCACAGCGUUCUUCGGAAACAAAAACAGGCCGGUGCUCUUACACCUUCAUAGUGCCUCAGCAAAAACUGACAGGGGCGCUGUGUCUGAACACACAGUCUGCUCCCACCAACCAUUCAGAAGUGGCAGCAUUGUGGGCAGAGCUCAAACAGCAGCAGGAAGUGAUGGAGAAGCUAAGAAGCCAGCUGGAAAAGGAAGGGGCCCUUGCCAUGGAAGUAAGGGCCUUGCGCAAAGAGAGCAGCAACAUGAAUUCUCGCAUCACUCAGCUUUAUGCUCAGCUGUUACAUGAAGUCAUACAAAAGAAAGACCAGGCUUUGGAGCAGCAAAGGGUGGAGAGCCUUCUGCUAAAUGCUACAGCACAGGCACUGCAGGUGUCCAGUAAUUACAGGGAGCUGGAGAAGAAAUAUGGAGCCCUCACCUCUAUGAUGAGUUCCCACAAUCAAUUUAUUGCCCGUUUGGAGAGGAAAUGCCAGUGCAGAGACUCCACCCAGUCCUCUCAGUCUGAACAGGUGACCGAACCACCCAAAAGCCAGUCUAAUGCGCAUCCUAAUUACAGCUCUGAAACCAACGAAAUGACCAAUGAUGUCCAAAGGGACCAAAGUGCUCCUCCACUACAGCAAACCCAAACAGGGGGAGUUCCUUCAAGUCCCCCCACUGCCACCAGCACUCCUACAAACCCUUCCUUCUUCAGCUUCCCUGUUACGAAAACUCCAGGGCCAUGGCGGGACUGUCAGCAUGUGUUGGAAUCAGGUGAAACUACCAGUGGGAUCUACUUGCUCAGGCCGCAGAGUACCAACCGACUCCUGCAGGCCUGGUGUGAGCAGAGUCAAGCUCAGGGAGGGUGGACGGUUAUCCAGAGGAGACAGGAUGGAUCGGUCAACUUCUUCAGGAACUGGGAGCAGUAUAAGCAAGGCUUUGGGAACCUAGAUGGAGAGUAUUGGCUUGGUCUGGAACACUUAUACUGGUUGACCAAACAGGCCCAGUAUAAGUUGCGGGUGGCCCUGGAGGACUGGCGUGGUCGGCAGGUGUUUGCUGAGUAUGACAGCUUCUACGUGGAACCAGAGAGCGACUGGUACCGACUGCGGUUGGGACAGUAUCACGGCAAUGCAGGGGACUCCCUCUCCUGGCACAACAACAAGGCCUUCACCACUUUGGAUUUAGACAAGGACGGCUAUGGAGGUAACUGUGCUCAUUAUCAGAAAGGAGGCUGGUGGUAUCACAUGUGUGCCCACUCCAAUCUGAAUGGUGUUUGGUAUCGGGGUGGACACUAUCGAAGCCGCUACCAGGAUGGCGUCUACUGGGCAGAGUUCCAUGGCGGGUCCUACUCCCUUAAACGAGUUUCCAUGAUGAUCAAACCCACAUAACAAAGUUACACUAUGGACACGUGCAAACAUGAUGUGGAUGAUUCUUACGUAUGUGUAGAGCGAAUAAAACAAACUUUGUCUGUGUCUCUGUAUUUAAUAAAAACAUUAUUUUCAAAUGAGCCCAGUCUGUGACAUGCAGGAACUGUGAUUAAUGGGAUGAUGACGAAAAUGAACUAAGAUGACAAAUUGGCUCUUGCAAUUUUCUGACAGAAUUUGUAUUGCACAAAAUACAGGAAGAAGGGGGAACUCUGAACUACACUGCUCCAAAAAAGGGCUGGCUGUAGUUGUGGUUUUGUAUUUCAGGUUUUACAGACAGUUUCCUGUACACAAGGGCGUUGAAUUUCCUCUAUACUUUUUUUUUUUGCCUGUGCAACUGUCAGGCUGUCAGGAGGUCAUCAUAAGUACGUCCUGCGCCAACUUGAUAUUCAUCUAACCCGGGUCUUGAAGCUUGACAUCCUCUAGACGAUCCUGAACCUCAUUCCUCCUAAAUGCUGGGCAAACAUGGGGCCUGUCAGAAUGCUGAGCUUCCUCAUGCUCAUCUUUUCACUGUGUGAGAAUCCAGAAGUUGUUCUUUCUGCACAGCAUGUAAAUGUGAUGGGAGAAGAAACACAG